AGUCUGGUAUAUAAUUAUUAGUCUCUUUACGACCGCGUAGAAGUAAACUGACUGUGCGGCAUAAUACGUUUUUGAAACAAAGAAGAGUUAAAUAUUAUAAAGAGUGCUGUAAUUUAUAAAACACUAUGUUGAAUGUCUUACAAGUUUUUCUUAGUAUUAUAGCUAUAGCCUUAAGUUAUAUAUUAUAUCAAGUAAGAAAAGUGUAUAUUGCGAGAACACAUAUUACAAAGUGGAUACCACAAGUUCCUGGUUCACUGUAUUUUGGUGCAAAGUCUAAGUUUGGACCUACCAAAGACAGGAUAAAAAACACAGUCCGAUUGUUAGACAACCCGGAAAAAUCAGUAUAUUUGGAGUUUUUAAAUAAUUGGGUUAUCGUUACCCAAGAUUAUGACCUGAUGGAAUUUAUACUUAGUUCAAAUGAACUGAUCACCAAGGGAUCUCACUAUAAAACUUUAGCACAGUGGCUAGGUUAUGGACUAUUAAUUAGUAAUGGUCAAAAAUGGAAAACCAGUAGACGUAUUAUUACUCCAACUUUUCAUUUUUCAAUCCUAGAACAAUUUGUGGAUGUAUUCAAUUCAAACGAAGCUAUUCUGAUUGAUAAACUUAAGCGUGAAGCUAUUGGAAAAAAAGGCGUUGAGAUAUACUCGUAUAUAACAAACUGUGCACUUGAUAUUCUUUGCGAAACUGCCAUGGGAGUAAAGAUGGAUUCACAACAAAAUAAAAAUAAAGAAUAUACUGAUGCCGUCAAGGAUAUGUGUGAAAUUGUAGCCGUCAGAAUUCUCUCAUUUUGGAAAAACUCAAAUUGGCUUUUCCCUCUAUCAGUUGAAUAUAAAAGACAACAGAAAAACUUGAAGAUUCUUCAUGGAUUUACAAAUUCUGUUAUCGAAAAGCGCAAGAAAGAACUUGAAAGUAGAAAAUAUAUGAAUAACUUAGAAGAAGUAGAUAGUUUAGGCAGAAAGCGUAAAAAAGUAUUUUUGGAUCUAUUACUAGAAUCAAGUGACAACAAUCUUAGUCAGGAUGAUAUAAGAGAUGAAGUAGAUACUUUUAUGUUUGCGGGGCACGAUACUACUUCUUCAGCUAUUACUUCAGGUAUAUUGCUAUUAUCGGAGCGACCAGACAUUCAGAAAUCAGUCCGUGAUGAGCUGAAGGAAAUCAUUGGAAGCAAUAGAGACAGGCCAUUAACCUAUAAUGAUUUACAAAAUAUGACCUAUUUAGAGUUAGUUGUCAAAGAGAUAUUAAGAUUAAAACCUCCAGUCCCAUUCAUUUCAAGACAAGUUACAAAAGAUAUUAAAUAUAAAGAUCAUAUUAUACCAAAAGACACUAUGAUAUCAUUGUUUUUAUAUGGAAUGAAUCGAGAUCCGGCUUUUCACCAGGAUCCCGACAAAUUUAAUCCCGAUCGAUUUUUAAGCACUGAUAAAAAGGCCUAUUCAUUUAUUCCAUUUAGUGCUGGACCCAGAAAUUGUAUAGGACAGAAAUAUGCUAUGUUAGAACUCAAAAGUAUGCUGGCAAAAAUAUUAAUGAACUUUGAAAUCCUUCCAUCAGAAAUCCCCCACGAGCCAGAGUUUGCAGUUGAACUUGUAUAUAAAUCUAAAAAUGGAGUCUACGUCAAACUAAAAGAAGUGGAUUGGAACUCAAAAGCUUGUAAUAGAAGAUUUUCCGAUUUGUGCGUCGAUAUGUCUAUUAUAUUACAGAUUUUUAUUUGUAUUAUAGCGAUAGCUUUAACUUAUAUUUUGUACCAAGCAAGACUGGUCUACAAUGCGAGAAGACAUUUAACGAAAUGGGUCCCACAAGUUCCUGGGUCUCUGUAUUUUGGAGCGAAGAGUGAGUUUGGGCCUACCACUGAAAGGAUAAAGGAUAUGACCCGAUUAUUAAAUAAUCCGAAAAAAUCAGUAUAUUUGGAAUUUUUAAACAACUGGAUGAUCAUAACAAGAGAUUAUGAUUUAAUGGAAUUCAUACUUGGCUCAAGCGAAUUUGUGACAAAGGGAAAGAAAUACAAGAAUAUAGCAGCCUGGCUAGGCUAUGCAAUAUUAAUUGCUAAUGCGCAAAAAUGGAGAACCCGUAGACGUAUUAUUACUCCAGCUUUUCAUUUUUCAAUCCUGGAACAAUUUUUGGAUAUAUUCAACUCAAACGAUGACAUACUGAUUGAGAAACUUAGGCGCGAAGCAAUCGGGAAAAAAGGCGUUGAUAUAUACUCAUAUAUAACAAAUUGUGCUCUUGAUAUUAUUUGCGAAACUACUAUGGGAGUGAAGAUGGACGCGCAACAAAAUAAAAAUAAAGAGUAUGCUAACGCCGUCAAAGAUAUGUGUGAAAUUGUAGCUAUCAGAAAUGUAUCAUUAUGGAAAAACUUUGACUGGCUUUUCUACUUUUCAUCUGAUUAUAAAAGGCAACAAAAAAAUUUAAAGAUUCUUCAUGGAUUUACAAAUGCUGUUAUUGAAAAGCGAAGGAAAGAACUUGAAAAUAAGAAGGACAUAAAGAAAGAGGAAGAAGUGGACAGUUUGGGUCGGAAGCAGAAGAAAGUACUUUUAGAUCUGUUAUUAGAAUCGACUGACAGUGGUCUUACUCAAAAAGAUAUCAGAGAAGAAGUAGAUACAUUUAUAUUUGCGGGUCAUGAUACUACAGCUGCAGCUCUUACAUUAGGAAUAUGGCUGUUAAAGGAUCUACCAGAUGUUCAGAAAUCAGUUCGGGAGGAGUUAAAGGCUAUCUUUGGAAAAGAUAGAAAGAGACCUAUAACAUAUAACGACUUACAAAACAUGACCUAUUUGGAGUUAGUUCUUAAAGAGAUCCUAAGAAUUGAGUCUCCAGUGCCAUUUAUUGCAAGAGUAAUUACAAAAGAUGUCAAAUAUAAAGAUCAUGUUAUACCAAAAGACACUGCAAUAUCAUUUUUUUUAUAUGGAAUGGAUCGCGAUCCCGAUUUUCAUAAAGAUCCUGAACAAUUUAAUCCCGAGCGAUUUUUAACCGCUAAUAAAAAGACCUAUUCAUUUAUUCCAUUUAGUGCCGGUCCCAGAAAUUGUAUUGGGCGAAAAUUUGCUAUGUUAGAACUUAAAGGUAUGCUAGCAAAGUUACUAAUGAAUUUUGAAAUUCUUCCAUCAGACAUUCCACACAAGCCCGAGUUUGCUGCGGAAAUUGUAUAUAAAUCUAAAAAUGGAGUUUACGUCAAACUAAAGGAAGCAGAUUGGGACUAAUAAUUAUUCAAUUAUAUAUUUAUCUUAUUUUAUUUUGUAAUAGCUCAAACUAAAAAACAAAAAAAAAAUUUUGUUAAAAUAUAUCAAAUGUAUUUUUGUGCA